AGGAGCACCGUACACAAUAACUGAGGCAGGGAUUUAGAUCACAAAGACAGGCACAUUUGCACCCUUAGUGUAUGUGGGUCAGCAAUAUUAUGAUGAGCAAUAAUCAAUAAUAAUGUAUUUUUAAAAUUUCCUAGCAAGUGGGUAAAGUGUGCAAGACACGUUAAGCACCAUUCGAAACUUGUGAAUGAACUCCAAAGACUGCGCGUAACCGCGAUGGACACCCUGGACCAGCCUCGCUGCACACGCUGGGAUUGCCUUGAGACAUUGCCACGCAGUUGAGAUAUCAUAUCCUCCAACCUUCACUAGACGUGUGGGACAGAAUAUCAUCACGUAUUUUGUGAGCUUGCACUUGUAACAACGUUAUAUAAAAUAGGUGUACACCUUUUAACGCAACUGAUUCUAAAAGCUGGUCAAACUACAGUAAUACUGGAAACAUUUUUUUGCCAUAAAAGAAUAUUCAACAAAUGGAAAAUAAGAGUGAUAUUGCAAGGUGAUUAACGGCGUAGAUUAAGCAACCAGCUGUACUUGUAGGCCUUAAUGGAGGCCUGGACAUUCCUGUGGAGCGCUGACGCCGGUGGCGAGAUAGGGAGGGACAUGGCCAGGUAAUUUAUGAUGGUGUGAGCUCCGUGCGCACUGCCUGCCGCAAUUUAGCCAAACUUCCCCCAGCCAGAGUAAUAUGAAACUAGCCUUCGUGAACAGCAACCAGGAUGAUUUAUGAUCUGGCUGACCUCAACUAUAGCUACAACGUGAGCGACGACCCGUUCAGCUUACUGGACCGGGAAUGGAGCGACACUCCAAAAGAGACCCUCUCCAGGACUGGCUUCAUCGUGCUCUCCGUGUUUCUGGGCUUGAUCAUGACCUUCGGCUUCCUCAACAACUUCGUCGUACUGCUCCUCUUCUGCAAGUUCAAGAAGCUGCGUACCCCGGUCAACAUGCUCCUGCUCAACAUCAGCGUGAGCGACAUGCUGGUGUGCAUGUUCGGGACCACGCUGAGUUUUACCUCCAGUAUCAAGGGAAAGUGGCUCCUGGGCCGCCACGGCUGCUUGUGGUACGGUUUCAUCAACUCCUGCUUCGGUAUCGUGUCGUUGAUCUCCCUGGUGGUCCUGUCCUACGACCGCUACAGCACCCUGACCCUGUACAACAAGCGUGGUCCUGACUACCGCAAGCCCCUGCUGGCUGUGGGGGGCUCCUGGCUCUACUCCAUAUUCUGGACGGUGCCCCCCCUGCUGGGCUGGAGUAGCUACGACUUGGAGGGGGCCGGCACCAGCUGCUCUGUGUCAUGGACCCUGAGGACGGCUCAGUCCCACGCCUACAUCAUCUGUCUGUUCAUCUUCUGUCUGGGUCUGCCCAUCGUCAUCAUGGUCUACUGCUACUUUCGGCUGCUGUGGGCCGUCAAACAGGUGGGUAAGAUACGUAGGACAGCGGCGCGGCGGAGAGAGUACCACAUCCUGUUCAUGGUGCUGACUACGGUGGUGUGCUAUAUAUUGUGCUGGAUGCCCUACGGCGUGGUGGCCAUGAUGGCGACGUUUGGCCGGCCCGGCAUCAUCACCCCCGUGGCCGCCGUGGUGCCCUCGCUCCUGGCCAAGAGCAGCACUGUCAUCAACCCUCUCAUCUACAUCCUCAUGAACAAACAGUUCUACAGGUGUUUCCUGAUCCUGAUCCGGUGCGACCGGCCCUCCGUGGAGAACGGCCAAUCCUCCAUGCCCUCCAAGACCACCGCCAUCCAGCUUAGCCGCCGUGUCUACAGCAACACGGUGGCAUGCACCGCCCGGAUCUCCACGGGUAUCCAGAACCAUGGCUGCAGCACCCCGGCCACCGAGCACACCAACCCGCCCGAGGUCACUCUCUCAUGAGCGGGCACGCCGGGAAGGCCUGGUGGAUGUUGAUGCACGGCUCAGCUAGCUAGCUACUGUACUGUGCCGACCAAUAGGCUCCAAGGCCCAUGCUCUCCUCCGCUCCAGCCCAACCCCUUCCAUUUAUUUACUGACUGCUGUGUUAAUCUAUAUGUAGGAGUGAAAUUGUGCAUGCAAGAGAAAGUACAUUUCUGUGUAUGUAUACUGGGGGGGGGGCUGUAGAGUGAGC